AUGAUUCCACCUAGAAUGGUCACCAGCCUGACAACAAACUGCCAAAACGAAAGUCUCUUUUCUUCGAUCACCAUCUUAAUUGGCUCAAAAUCGUACUGGAAGAAAAUUCCCGGAACGUAUCUACCAGAUGAUUCGGUGAGGGAAAGCGAGUAUUGGUUGGUAUCGAUCUCCAGUCCCAGUUUGCGGUACAAUGUUGGAACCACGCUGAUAUGGUAUCUGAACGAAUGGAUAUUUUCGUUGGUUGAUUUGAUGGUCAUAUCUAGUGGAUUGUCUAGAAAUGGAAAAAACUCUCCAUAUGAAAACUCCGAGAUUGCAUGUGUAAAAUUGAGUGCUUGCAUCGGAGUGUGCGUUCUAUCUCUGUAUCCAUAUCCCUUGCCUGUGAUAUGGAAUUCUCCCUUGACUCUAUUCACGGGAAUGGCUCCGUAUAUACGACACGCUGGAGCUCCUUCGUCGCGGUGUUCUCCUUUCAUUUGGAAAGCUGCGGGAACCGAUCUCUCAAGAACUUGCUCGAGCUCGGGUGAAUCUAUCAUCAGUAGCGUCUCUGACAUUAGUAUGGAUAUAGUUACACGGCAUGGCCACGACCAAAUCCAGAUUGAUGACCAGAUCUUUUCGAACCACCUCGUCCACUGUGAACUGAUGGUCGAUGCCUCCAUCGAUAUAUCCUCCGAUUUCCACCCAAACAAGAAAGAGAAGAAACACGUAUGUGAUAAUCGAGGAUUUAAAUUUGAAAAAAAAGUUCCAAAAACAGUUAUUAAUAUAUUUAUGCUAGAUGAAGACGAGGAGCUUGAAAGUUUGAAAGCUAUUUUCCCCGAAAUACAACUCGACCGGACUUCCAGGUCGGGAAAAUUAUUUAUUCCGGUUGAGCUGGAGUCUGAUCUAGAGAUCAGACUGUCGAAUAUGGCUGAAUCUCAGACAAUCUCUUUUCUGAGUCCUAUCGAGUUGCGAUUUAGCCUUCCUAGAGAUUAUCCGCACGAUAAGCCACCCAAUCUCGAAAUUUUUGGUGCUGAGUGGCUUGAACCGUUUCAAAAGGACUCUCUGGUUGCUGAUCUGAUAGGAAUUUGGGAGGACUUCCACGAUAUAGUGCUCUUCUCAAUCAUAGACUAUCUAAAGGAGCACAGCCAGAGAGCGUUUGGGAUUUUUGAUCUUGCAAAACCACUGAUCUUGGAGAAAGACCAGUACGAACAGUUUAUCAAGUUGAAUGUCCAUGAAAAACAGAAGCAAUUCAAUCUGCAGACUUUCGAGUGCGAGAUCUGCCAGGAGUCUAAAAAGGGAGAUUCUGUUCAAAGACUCGAUGGUUGUGGCCAUGUCUUUUGCAACCAUUGCCUAACAGAAUACUUCACAUCUAAUAUUCAACGUGGUGAGUUAGACAACGUUCAUUGCCCAUCUUUUCAAUGUACAAAGGCUUACGUCGAAACCAAUAACCGCCUUUCAGCAAACGUUACAGUGAAAGACUUAGGCAAAUUCGAAACAGAGUUUUUUGUUCUUCCAGUUACUCAGGAGUUCCUCAACAAAGUGGUAGAUCCCGUUCUAACACAGCGAUAUUUCAAGCUUGCUACAGUCUACAAGUUUGAAAAAUAUAAACGACUAUUCCCAUUCCGAGUAGCACAAUGUCCAAGAAGACACUGUGCUACCUAUUUUCUGCGAAAGGAUGAUAAUGAUAUGCUAUGCGUGUGUCCGAAUUGCGGUAUGGCGUUCUGUUACGGCUGUUUGCACUCCUGGCAUGGCGAACUCAAUAAUUGCAAGAACUAUCUCGGCCAAAAGAUCCCAAUUGAGGAUAUAGAGCUGUGGCUCGAAAACGAUCCAGACUCAGAAGUGAGGAACAACCUGGCUUUCAAGUAUGGCCGGAAAGCAAUCAUGCUGUCUGUUGACGAGCAUGUCUCCGAUAGUCUGUUUGAAGAUUUGAUCGAAUCCGGCGAAGCGGGUAUUGUUCGUUGCCCAAGUUGUUCCUUACUGAUUCAAAGAUCUGAUGGUUGCAAUAAAAUGACAUGCUCGCGGUGCAGAACAUACUUCUGUAAUCUGUGUGGUGAAUUUUUGUCCAAGACAGAUCCAUAUCUGCACUAUAAUGAUCCAUCAAAUGGCUGUUUCAGAAGAUUGUUUGAUGGACUAGUGCAAGACUCAUGA